AUGGCGAACGUUGUGAGCCGGGCAACGGCUGGGUUGACGCAGCUGUACUCGUCUGUGGCACAGCAGCGCGAUGACGGCGCACACCAUGGACGAGCACAACACCAACAGCCAAAGCAGGAGCAGCAAGAAGAUCUGAGUCGCCUGACUGCCGAAGAUGGCUGCUUUCAGCCUGUGCCUCCAGUGCCUUUGCUCGGUGGGAGAUACCGGUAUCUGCGCAGCAUUGGGCGUGGCGGUUUUGCGCUCCUGAUCCGCGCCGAGGAUACCUACUGCCCCACCCACAGUCACGUCGCUAUCAAGAUCAUGCACGCCCAGUUUGCACAGCUGGGCUCACACGAAGCAACCGUCACACGCCAGCUCAACACCCUUGACCCGCUAGACACAUGUCAUGUUGUCCGCUGCAUCAACACGUUUGAGUUUGCAGGUCACUUUUGCAUCGUGUUCGAGUUGCUGUCAUCAACACAGCUGAAACAUGCAGUGGAAACAGCGUCGCAGUUCACAAAUACCAAAGCAGCAAACACAGCGAGUCUCAAGUUACAGGCUGUGCGCAAGGUGGCCGCCCAGCUUCUGACUGCGCUCGCCGUGUUUCGUCAUGCCAACAUCAUCCACGCCGAUCUUAAACCAGACAACGUUCUCCUCCGUGAUGACGCCGCCAACUCGUGCUUCAUCAAAGUUGCUGACUUUGGCAAUGCCAUCAGCAACACGGAGGAGGCUGUUGCUCCAUACUACGACUCGUUUGACAUCCAGACACCGCUCUAUCGUGCACCAGAGGUGUACUUUGGCAUUCCUUUUGGUCCGGAGAUUGACAUGUGGUCAGCCGGUUGCAUCUUGCUCGAGCUGCUGCUUGGUCGCGUCCCGUUUGGCGGCUCAACACCGGAUGACGUCGUCAGCAGCAUCGUCGCACUGACAGGACACCUGCCACACAUGUACACCGCAGGCAAAUUCUACGCCAGGUUCUCCCAGCACGUGGACAGCCGGCCCUCAACGCCACACGAACCGCUCGACCGCAUGCACGCGGCCCUUGCAUCACGGCUUCAGGAGCAUCUUCACUUCAACCACCCAAGCUUUGCCAGCUUCCUUGCUGGCAUGCUCCAUCCCGCGCCUUCCAAGCGCAUGACGCCGUUGGAAGCACUGCAGCAUCCGUUUCUGGCGCCGCUGUUUCCCUUUCGCCUCCUCGUGUCAGACCCGCCCCUGUACUCAAACCCGGUCUGGUUCCCCCCACGCCCACACUCGUUUGCAUACGCACACGCGGCCGAGUGCGAGCGCCCGCUGCCCGCACACCGCAGCAGCACACGGCGACCACAACAACAGCAGCAAGAGCAGCAAGAGCACCAGCGGCAGCGUGGGGGUCGUGCCAGUGGCGGUGCCAGUGGUGGUGGUGGCAGUGGGAUGGCUGUUGGUCGCCCGCCAGCAACAAGCACCGCAACAGUAGACACCACAGAUGCAUGGCAGCUCAAGUGGGUAAGAAAUCCACUGCAACAGCAACAUCAGCAACAUCAGCAACAUCAACAGCAGCGACAGCACCACCAGGCUCGUGGUGUUAGUCGAGUGGCGCAAUCUGCGUUUCAUCGCGUGGCCAACGCGUCCUCUGCAUUUCAUCCUCUACGCCUCCACACCAACGGCAGCACAGGCAGUGCGCCUCCGCAGUCGUCUGCUGCCGUGAAAGACGAGGACCUUGGGCACCUGGGUGGUGAUAGUGACAGCAUUGCAGCAGACGUGCGCCACUCGCGGUCCUCUCGCUCGCGCCGCUCUGUCCGGCGUGCAUACGCUGGCGAUGAAGACAUGAAACGAACGCCUUUGUUGCAGGCGAGUAGUGACACGACUGCGGCCACGCCCACCUCAACCACCACGGCACGCCCAGCUUCAUCAGGCCGUGGUGGCAUGCGCACCCCUGACCGGGCAGGGAAGCUGCUCAGGUCGAGCGAUGGCAAAGCCAUGGUGCUGAUGGCUGCAGGCACCAUCGCAACGGCUGCACCUGACCAGCAACACGCCCCUCACACACACCAACGCCAACAACGCCAACAACGGCAGCAGCGGCAGCGCAGCGCAAUGGCAAUCACAGAUCGUGAUGUGAAGGAGGAGGACUUUGAUGAAGGUGAUGAUGCACUGCUGUCAUCGCCACACUCAAGCGAAGCAGCCACAUCCCGCCAGCGCACCCGACGGCGAUCAACAACCACUUCAACAACAGCAUCAGUAGCAACAACAGCAACAGCAGCGUCGUCAUCAAAGCGGACAUCAUCCCGGGAGAAGACACGACGUGGGUCGAGGGGGAAAGGGAAGCGUGGGGAUUCGGACGUAUCGUCCACCUCGAGCGUGUCACGGCCGCGUGGAACUGGUGCGCGUGCUGAUGUCGACGAUGGUGCUGUUGACGGCAUCACACCUCCGUCUUCGCCACAGUUUUCCCGCCGCUCGGCCAGCAGCACUCCAAAGGCGCGCAGAGUCAACAGUAGCAGCAAAAGGAGACAACAACAACAACAACAACAACAACAACAACAACAACAACAACAACAACAACAACAGCAGCAGCAGCAGAGGGGGAAACAGAAGAAAAAAUCAGCCAAGAGCCAGGCACGGAAGUCGGGACACUGUAGAAGGAAAGGAGGGGCUGAUACCAUGGUUGGUGAUGACGUUGAUGAGGAGAUGGACUUUUUGGAAGAAGGAGGCGCAGACAUCAUUGUUGUGCACGACGACGUCAACGGAAACAGCGACAACACGCGAAUGGCCCACGCGUCUGUCAUGGCCUACCACGCCACACUCGCUGCAGCAGAGGGCGAAGAUGAGCUCUUGUCCAGCGGAGAAACGGUAUCAGCGGCGUCGUUGUCUCGUUCCGCUAGCGGCUCCACCCCAUUGCGACGGGCGCCGCGAUCCACAUCAGCCGCACCGUCGUCGAGUGUUGCCUCAGCGAGAACAGGUAAAGGUGCGAAGAAGCACAGGGCCAGCGCAGCGCGUGACGGCGACACCCUGGCAGCAAAGCGCGCGAAAGUGACCAAACGCGCCUCAGAACACAAGGCAGCAACAACAGCAUCGACAACACCACCAACAACAGGAAGUGUUGAUGAUGGCGAUGAUGCUGGUGCGUCACGGCUGUCACCGCCAUCUUCACCGCUCCCACAGGCGCUGCCAAUGGAAGGAAACACGCGAGCGGCAGCGCAGCACCAGCAGCAGCGCCAGCACCAGCAGCACCGUGAACGACGCCCAAAGAGCAAGCUAACAAGGAAGCCGAAGAAAGGCCGGCAUCUGCCUUCUCCAUCUGCAAUGACGCCAACAUCACCCACAACAGCAGCCUCUGCCGGUCCCUUUGAUCUUGAUGAAGGCGUCAUGCGUGAUCGCGUGUGGAGUGAACCGUCGAGUGCAGAUGUGUCGCCUGCUCGCCCCGCACACCCUGCUCACACUCCCCAUGUCGGUAAAUUGCCACCGGUCAACACAACAGCGGGUGCAUCACGUGGCACCACCGCAACACGGCCCAAGGCGGCCGCGACCGUGCACCCGUCUUCACCCUCGUCGACGCACAAGACUCCAAGGAAGCCCGUGUUGCCUGUGUUUCCUGGCCGCGAUGCGUCCUCUGCGAUUCAAGCACGCAUGGCGGCACUGGCAGCGCGCUCGCCAUCGUCAUCGUCAUUAGCGGACGCCAUAUCAUCAUCUUCUUCAUCGUCCUCAGUUGUGCUGCACGAAGUUGCCACGGAAUCGACACCAGUGGCAUUGGCGACAUUUGACGAUGCGGAUGACACGUUCUCCGAUAAUCAGCGCCGCAAUGACAGCAAGGUCGCGCGUGUCCUUGGUCAACCAACACCAUCACCGUCAUCAUCAGCCAGGCGCAAGAAGACGCCAAUAAGAGCAGGACAACGAGCACAACUCGCUGAACGUCAAGGACACAACGGCGUGGGCGGUGGUGUUGUUGCUGGUGCUGACAGCAGUGACUUUGAUGCAUCCUCGGACCAUGAGGACAUUGACUUCCUCACUCUGUAGGACAGAGAGUGCCGUGCGUGUGCGUGCUGUUCUGUUUCAAGAGUGUUGGGUAUGGGUUCUGUGACUGCUUGUAAGCGCGUGUAAUGGAACAGAACUGAUAUGAAGUAAACCACAAGAGCAGAA